AUGUCUGGUGAUCAAGUGAGUUUGAGAAUCUAUUUCCUCUCCUCCUUUUUUGCUCACUCGUUCUUUCACUUCCUGGGACAUGAUGUGGAAACACUGGUAUUAGCUGUGUGUCUGUUAGUGACUGGGGUGCAGGGGAUGGAGCGCCCCACGUAUGGAGUGAAGCUAUGUGGCCGGGAGUUCAUCCGGGCGGUCAUCUUCACCUGUGGAGGAUCUCGCUGGAGACGGCACCGGAGUGCAGGUGAAGGCUGCUGGAGACGGUCACUCGGGAGUGCAGGAGACUUCCCUCAGGACCCUUUCAGCUCCCAUGACGAGGACUCAUCUGAAGGCUGGAACUCAGACUCCCAGGUCCCAGAGGGUCCCUUCCAGCAUGUCCAGGAGGGUGGGGUGUUCAUCAGCAGGCCAGCCCGCUCCCUCAUCUCAGAGGAGAUACUGGAGGCUCUCCGUAUGUCAGACCGUAAGGGCCGUGAUGUGGUGGUGGGCCUGUCCAACGCCUGCUGCAAGUGGGGCUGCAGCAAGGGAGACAUCAGCUCCCUUUGCUGAGAAUCCACCCCAUUCUCUCCCCUCCCAUGCACACACAUAGCCAUACACAUACCUGGUAUUUUCUCAUAUCUCUCUCUCUCGGUUUUUCUAACUGCUCUCCCCAGUGUUUCCGAGUUAAAGUAUCAUGUUAACUGUGCAGGGAGAAUAUAACCUUAUUCUCCAUAUAGACCCAGUCGGUAUUAGAUUGAACGCCAUGACCCUACCUGCCUGUAAAACAACCUGUGUUUACCUAGGUUUCCCCAUUGGCUCACAGCAAAAACGUUYUAUUUUUCAAACGCAAUUUUCUUAUUGUCUGCUUGUUUUAGUCAAUUACAAAACUCCAUUUAAGAAAGUACAUGUCUAAAGAUUACUUUUCAACAGUGCCUGCUCCUAGCGUUCUCACUACUUAGAAAAACGUAAUAUUGUAAGGCUUCCCUUAUUAUGCCCUUUUUCAUGACAAUGCUAGCAGCAACUUGAGUGAGAGCUAGCUACUGAC